GUCCGACCCGCGCUCGGUGGAAACAACUCUCUCCUACUGCCCAGCACUCGUUUCACAUUUCCCUUCCCCUACACCCAUUUAAAAAAAAAAAGGAUGCAGCGCCUGACGUACGCGACGAUGAAGGCGUUGACGAUGAAGAAGCAGGCCGGGGAGCUGCCAACGACGUGCAUCCUCGACGUUCGUGGCGUCGACGAAGUUGCUGCCGGCGCCAUUCCCUGCUCCGUGAACGUCCCGCUGGACCAGCUGGAGGCCGCCCUCAAGCUGUCUACCGAGGACUUUGCGAACAAGUACCACGCCGCCAAGCCGAGCAAGGCCGAUCAUGUCGUCACGUACUGCCUUCGUGGUGGGAGGGCGGAGAAGGCGGCCAGCGCACUCACCGCGGACGGCUACGCCAACGUCGACGUCUAUCCUGGCAGCUGGUCGGAGUGGGCAGAGAUGGAGAAGAGCGCGUAG